UAGGCCAAUAGCCAUGCUUGAACGGUUCGCUACCCAGGAAAUAUGUGAUUAUAGAAUGCAACAACUUGAUCUCCGUUUCGAUCUACUGUUUCACACACGUAAGCGGCACUGACUGGAAAACAUCGAUUUCUUGAUCUAUCUCCCUGCUAAAAGCUUCGAAUCCACAUCAUCAUGGCUCAAGAACAACAAAAAGUAUCCGAACAAAUGAAGCAGAAGGAAUCACCAGUUUGUGGAGGCUGGACCGAGACGAGCCUUGUGAGUGGUCUUCCAGCUGAAGAAGUGAAGAAACUUCAAGGGCUUCUUGAUCAGGUACGAGAACCAGCUCAGGUCCAAGCGAAGAGGACCUUCGCAGCCCUGGAACCCUUGGAGUUCGCUACCCAGGUCGUCGCUGGUCUCAACUAUCGCAUCAAGGCCCAUCUUGGAGACGGAUGCCAUGCUCUCUUUGUGAUCUAUAAGCCUAUCUCCGGCGAGACAGUCACUUUAUCCAGCUUCGUAGAGGAGAAGACGACACAGGCACCGACCAAAUAGAAUGGAAUACGUGUCUAUCAGACCAGAUCCAAAGUCUCCAAUCUUUAAUGGACCUUAACAAUUUAAAACCCUAUGCUGGAUGUGAUACAAAAUUGGAACCUUUCUCUCUGUUCCCCCUUCAUAGCUGCCCCCUGCCCUCACCCCAACCCUCAUCCCCACUAUUUGAGCGUGGUUUUUGUGUAUCAUAGAACAAUCAUGGAUAAUAAUUGAUGCUGAGGAAACCCCUUGGGCUUUAAACCUGCGUCGGGUUGGUUUGAUUUUGACCAUUUUGUUUUACUUUGUCUUUUUUUUUUUUAAUUCUCAGUCGAUGUUACAAAGCGUUAUGGGAGAAAUCACUCUUUGGCGUAAUCAGCAUUUGCAAUCAGGCAUGUAAAUCAUGUACGAAUGAUUUUUCCCCCAAUGCCCAGAGUGAUAAUAACUUAAUGGAAAUGUUUAUAAAGGCGAUUUUAAUGUAUUUGUGUUUUGUAUAUGCUUCCAUACCAACAAGGCAAUCAUCAUGCAUGUCACAAUUUGUGUAAUCGCAUAAUUUGAUGAAUGUUUGUACCGCUGAUGGCAUGUAGGCCUAACCCCACUAAAAAGAAAUGUGAAUAUAAUCCUCAAAAUGGGUCAUUUCGUGUUAUUGGACAUUAGGGAAAACAAUAAUGAUCUCUUGACAUCUGUGAAACAUGACUGAUAAAAAAAAAUUACGAAAAUAUCAUGUGGUCUUUUCAUAGCGACCACGAAAAUGAACGUUGUUCAUUUUUUAUUAUGCAGUGAUUUUCCACUUUUAAUAAAUUAAAACAUAAAACGAGUAUACAGAGUAUUUUGUCAUGUGGGACUCAUCUCACGUAAUCGCCUAAAUUCUAGUUGCCAAUAUAACUACUUUACAGUCUUGGCUAAAAUUCAUUGUUUGAUUUUCACAUUCACUUUAGCUGUAUCCCUUUCCCUACAUAAAUGAUGAAUGUAAUUUGAAUUUGGACUUUUAUUUUGUGUAUUGCACAAUCUGUUCAACACCAGUGGAAGUAUAUAAUUGGAAUAAUCUAAUGGACAAUAAAAAAGUAAAUUUGAAUCCUGAAGCUUAAAA